AACAUAAUUACACAUAAUAGUAACAAACUAGUUUUGCUUUAAACUCACAGAAAUCUGUCUGCCUCUGCCUCUCAAGUGUUGGUAUUAACACCCUUCCAUCAUGCUAGAUAAGCACUCUAUCAAACGAGCUACAUCCUCACCCCUUGGUUACAAUUUUUAUUUCAUGUUUUCAAAAAUCUUCCAUGUAGUGGCUCCGUUACUCUUACAGGCUGAUUAGUGGCAACCUCGAGUGUCAGGUAACCACUAGGUCAGCGAUGAGGCAAGGGGGUUUGGAGUGGGGUCCAGACCCUGGCUCCACUGCUUCCUUUGUGGGAGGGGAGGCUCCGGGCAGUCAAACUGUGCAGUCUGGGACUGGUGAGAUGGCUUAGCGGUUAAGAACACUGGCUGCUCUUGCAGUGGACCCUGAUUUGAUCCCAGCACCCACACGGCAUCUCAAAAGAACCUAUGAACUCUAUCUCCAUCCAAGGGAUCUGACUGUUCUGUCCGUCCUCCGCAUACACCUGCACUAACCCACAAGUAGACGCGCGCAUACACACACACACACACACACACACCUAUAUAAUUUGAAAAAAUGAUAUAUAUAUAUAUAUGAAAAAUGUGCAGUCCUGCCAAACCAAACGCGGUGGUAACCCACGCACGCAGAGGGCUUUCUGGACCUCUGCUCCGGGUAGGAAGGCGGGAAGAGGAGAGCAGCGCCGGGGAAACGCCCCGAUCGAUCGCUCUAGCGCACUGGGCGUGGUCAGAGGCGGGGCCUACGUCAUGACGGUCACGGCGGGGCCCCGCCCCCCGCAGCGGCGCGAGAUCCGAACGCGCGUCGGCGCCAACGGCGGCUGCAGAGGCGCGCGGAUCGCCGCCGUCAUGAGACGUAGAAGGCCGGAGAAGGAGGAGGAGAAGGAGGCGUGUGGCGUGUGGCUGGACGCGGCGGCGCUGAAGAGGCGGAAGGUGCAGACACAUUUAAUCAAACCAGGCACCAAAAUGCUGACAUUGCUUCCUGGAGAGAGAAUACCUAAUAUUUCUUUUACUCAAAGAAGAGACUCGCAGAUGAGUAUUUCGUCCUUUGUCACGUUGCAACCAGGAAUGGCCAAUGACCAGAAGAGCAUUUUAUCUCGCAAAGAAAAUCAGAUCAACCAAGAGUGCAAGAGAACCCAGCCAGACGGUUUGGUCCAGGGAUUGGAGGAUGAUGGCUUGGUUUCACCUUUGGCCACUUCAACUCCUGCAGACAUCCAGGAAGCUGGACACUCUCCUCCAUCUUCCCAGAUUUCUAGCCACCACGGUUUGGAAACAUCGUCUUUGACUAUGAUGUCUUUGCCCCAGCCUGACAUCCUGAUGGGUGCUGGAUCAAGUAAAGCCUCCCUGGCUUCUUCCUCUACCCAGUAUGUGGAAAGUUCUUGCUUGCUGGACCAAAGAGAGGCCAGGAGGAAAAGGGAAUGGAUUCAUGGAUCUAAGACUAACUGUCCAGGCAUGGGAAGCCACAUCAGACCAUCUAGGGGUAAAUGCUGUCAGCCCUUGGACAAAGCUGAACUGGGAGGAAAGGGGUCUGCUAAGGAAAACAGGCAGGCCCCCGUGCCUCUUCAAACCUGGAGUAGGAAAAAAACACCAUCAGUGACAAAAAGCCCUUGUCUUUCUGUAUUUUCCUGGGACAGUGAAAGGAAUGACAGGGACUCCUGGAGUCAGCUUUUCACUGAGGAUUCCCAAGGCCAGCAGGUCAUCGCCCACAACAAUAAAAUGCCCUUUCAAGAUGUAACCAAUGUUAGGAAUCAAGGCUCAGAGCAGUUUCCUGACAGCCCUCAGGCUCAAUGCCAAGAUGGGCCUCCUGGGUUACACCUGCAGCCAAACCUGCUCUUUACCCAGGACUCUGAAGGUAACCAGGUUAUCAGACACUAGUUCUAAAUGUUUGUGUGGGUGUAUCUUGAAGUGGCAGAGAUGGAGGGAAGUAGGGUGAGGCUGGGUAAAGAGGAUGGUUUAGGCCACGUGGGAUGAAGCAGUUGUCAUUAUGGAACACUGUUCUGCUCUCAUGUAAAUAAAGCAAGUAAUGUGUGGUAGGCAUGCUUUUCCCUCAGUAA